UCGAGUUCACACAUUCUACGUGAAAACGUGUACAUUACCAGCUCGCUCUUUUCGUUGAAAUAUAUCGUUGUCCCGUUAAAAAGGCCAAAUCUAACUUUGAAAGAAAACACCCUGUUCAUGUCGUGACAAGUUUAAAUUGUAGCCCUAAAUGAGUUUCAUAAAUAUCAGACUAACUUGAAAAUGUUUUUCAGUUCUUCUGUGACCAAAUUGGGAUAACAUGCAUUAGUGUUUACACAGUUUUCUUGUAUGGGUACUUAGGAAUGGUUUUAGCACAGGCCAGAUAAAGUUUUUUUGAAAAGUCGACACGCUACAGACUUUUUUUGUUUUUGUAAUAUUUUCGUAUAUUUUUCUUUUCGGCAUUUGUCGUUUGCUUUUUAGAAUCAGCAUUAAAAAAAAAGUUUUAAAAAACUGACAACUCGUCUAAAAUAUAUAAUAAAAUAAAAUUCGAUGAACGCAAAAGGUGUACACGAGUUGAACGAAAAAAAUAUACUACGGCAGAAAAUUAUGGUUGUAUUCGUUUAAAAAUUAUGUUGUGCAAUCUUCGUGAAGUACAGAUUUUUGCCGCUCAAACAAAUACCGCAGUAUGAUGCUUAUCGAUCAGUCAAGUAGAAAUAUUCUCCGCGAAAACAUGUUCAUUACCAACUUUAUCACCACAGAUUUAAUCGCUCUAUUCGUAACUCUUGCAGUUUUGUUCGUCAGCUACUGGAAAUGGACAUACAAAUAUUGGCAAAAACGCAACGUCCCAUACGUGCAACCCCAAAUCCCCUUUGGGAAUCUCAGCAAUUCCUUCAAAGGCAAAGAAUACAUCGGAGUCAGCCUGAAAAAUAUCUACGACAAAAUGAAACUCGAAGGUUCGAAACAUGCCGGUAUCUACAUGUUCAACAAAUCCAUCUACUUCCCGAUCGAUUUAGACUUCGUAAGAAACAUCAUAACGAAGGAUUUUGACCAUUUCGUCGACCGUGACUUUCACUCAAACAAAAAAGAACCUCUGCAAGGCCAUCUCGGCAAUCUAGAGGGCACCGAAUGGAGGAAUAUGAGGACGAAACUAACACCAGCUUUCACUUCGGGGAAAAUGAAAAUGAUGUUCCAGGUGAUGGCAGAGUGCCAGAAGGAUCUGCUAACGAAGAUGCACGAAGAAUGUUUGAAGAACAAGCCUAUCGACAUUAAAGACGUUUUGGCACGGUUUACUACAAAUGUCAUCGGGUCAUGUGCUUUUGGCCUGGACUGUAAAGCUCUGGAAGACGAAAAUUCAGAGUUCAGAAAUUGUGGGAAGCAAAUAUUUGAAGAAACCAAAUUUGAGACUUUUAAGCGACUUUUAGUGAUGACGUUUCCUAACAUUACCGCGUUUUUUAAUAUUUGGACGAUACGUAAACAUGUGGUUGAAUUUAUACUACACAUAGUUGAGAACACGAUAGAAUACCGGGAGAAAAAUAACACCAAUAGGAACGAUUUUUUGCAACAGAUGAUAAAAUUGAAGAACAAUCCACCUAGAAAUCCUGGUGAGCAUGACGGGAAACCUCUAACACUGGGUGAAGUGGUGGCCCAGUGUUUCGUUUUCUUUGCAGCGGGCUUUGAAACCUCAUCAACUCUAAUGUCUUUCGCGCUUUAUGAGCUCGCUAAGCAUCAAGACAUACAAGAAAAGUUGAGAGUUGAAAUUAAUUCGGUUUUGGAUAAGCAUGACAAACAAAUUACGUAUGACUCGAUCCAAGACAUGAAGUAUUUAGGUCAAGUUGUUGAUGAAACUCUAAGAAAACACCCUCCGGCACCUUUUCUUAACAGAAAAUGUGUGAAGGAGUACAAAGUUCCAGGUGAAGAUUUGGUAAUCGAGAAGGGUAUUGGUGUCAUGAUUUCAGUACUAGGAAUACAUUACGAUGAAGAAUAUUACCCGAAUCCUACGCAGUUCAAUCCUGAUCAUUUCAGUGAUGAAAAUAAGAACUCAAGACAUAACUUUGCAUAUUUGCCUUUCGGUGAAGGUCCUAGGAACUGCAUUGGAAUGCGUUUUGGCUUGCUUCUGUCAAAACUGGGUCUGGCUUGUUUAAUAAAGAAUUAUAAAUUCUCUAUUAACAAGAAAACGCUGGAACCUCUAAGAUAUAAAAAAAAUGGUCGUGUGCUUGCGGCAGAGGGCGAGAUAUGGCUGAACGCUCAAAAAAUUUAGUAUUUAGUUCUAUAUUGAUUUAAUAUAAUUGUUUCAUUUAUGUUGUCACUACAUUUGUAUGUUUAACUGAUUGAAUAAAAGACAAUUUUAUCUACA